UCACUAUUGUAGUGACUGGUGGGUUACACCACAAAAAAGUGGAUUGGACAUGUUUAUGUAUUCUGGUUGCCUUGGUAACGAUAAUUAAUCGAAACAUAACGGGCAAAUAAAUCAAUGCCAUACAUUAUUACAAUCAAUUUAGUUCUAAAAAAUUCUCAUUCAUUGUAACUGCAUUGAAUUGAAUAUAGUUUGGUGUCCAAAACGUAAAAAUAAAAACGUUUUUAUAAAAAGGGAAUUUAUUCAAAGUGAAAUACAAUAAUAUGGCCGAAGAGAGUAACGCUUGGGUAUUUGAUUCUUUGAUUGGAUUUUUGCACGGACCGGUUUGGAAUGCCCCAUUACAAACAUUCAUCGAGGAAAAGUCAUUGAUUUUCGAUCCGAACGAAACUAGCGAUGAAAAUAGCGAAGAAUAUAAAAAAGUCUAUGAUGAAUAUAAGCAUUUAGUUGAUUUCAUGCUGGGCAGUUUUAUGGAAGAAAUGCAAAUCACACCCGAACAAUUCGAGGUGGCAUGCUUGGCUGGAAAGCAUACCGCGUCUGGUAUUUCAUUUCAUCAGGGACUCUUUCAACAGAUUUGGGCAGCAAAUGACAUCCGGAUAUUUGUGCGUAUGAUGACCCAACGAAAUGUUGAAUUACAAUUACAAGCAUUGGAUGUGAUUGAGCGCAGACAUUUAAAUUCCACGGCAUCAUCGUCAUUGGAUGACGGUGAUGUUGAUAAUCCGGCCGGCGCAAGUUGUGUCAAUGUUAGCAUCGAUAAAUCAAUACCCGAACAAGACCAAGAGGAGGAACUGGAUGAUGUCAUUCAAGAGGAUGUGAAGAAAUCAGUGGAACACGAAUUUGACGAUAAAAACAGUUUGACGGACACUGAAAAGGAUGUGGAUAAAGCAAUUGCCACGGAUGAACAGGUUGCUGAUCGAAUGCAACGCUUGAAUUUAUAUUUUGAAAAAGAAAAUAAAGUCGAUGUUGAUGAAGUCAAAUCAAGACAGGAAUACUUACGGGCACAACGAGAUAAGAUCGUUGCGUUAAAGAGAAGAGUGAGAACGGAACAAUUGAAUGCAAAUGCUGAGCGUAAUGGACGCCCAACUUCGGCUCAGGCUGCACAACGACUCCUUCUGAAUGAUGCAAAAUUGGGUGACGGACCCAUAGAAGCCUCUUUACAACUUCGGAAAACAUUGGCCAAACGACUUCGAAACGAAGUUGUCAAUUCAAAAGAGUAAUCUCACCGCCAACACAUUUAAUAAUGUCGUUUACCGCACACACUCACACGUUUGAAAUAUAUAGCAAAAACACUUGCUUUAAAAAAAAACAAAGAGAGAAAUAAUAUUCUUUUCUCAUCUUUUUAACCACUAUACUUUUUUACCACUAAAAUGUUUUGUUUCUUUUAUCAUCCGUUUAACAAAAAAAAACAACAUCUUUUUGAAUAUCAAUGAAAAACUGUUUGGUUUAAAAAAAUCAAAGAAUUCAUCCACGUACAAUUGAAGUGAUUUUAUGCUGUUGUACAUGUAUAAGAUUUGACGCAUAUACAGAUUGGAGGUUAAAAGUUGGCUGGAACGAUCAUAUGUGAUGGCCAAAGGCAGAUUCGAUUAAAAUUAAAAUUAAAUCUGAAAAACAUAUAAUUAAAGAAACUAUAUUUUUAAUUAAUUAAUUUUUUUUUUCACUUUAUUUUUCUGUUUGUUUUUUAAAUUUCUGUUGUUGUUGUUUUUUUAUAAAUACAAUUGUUUGCAUUUCAGUUUGUUUUAUGUAUCAAUGACGGCGGACAAAACUGCUUGAGUUAA